AUGUUCGCUAUUGCCGGUCAAUUAUUGUUGGUUUAUUCUGAAACAACUCCACACAAACAAUAUCAUCUAUUAAAUGAAAAUGAAAAUAAAAAUUACAAUAAUAAACUAAUCGUUGAAAAACCUAUACAGACAUCAUCCAUUACCGAUCACCUUCCUGGUUACCAUAUUUUGAAUGAUGAUGACGAACAACAACAAUAUAAUAGUGAUGAAGACGAUGAUGAGCAAGAAAGAAAUAAGCGCUAUCGUUUAGAUAAACGAAAUCUUCGAGAAAAAAGAUAUCGUUUAGAUAAAAAAAGUUUUGAUGAUGAUUUACAGGAUUUAGAUAAACGAUACAGAUUAGAUAAACGUUAUCGUUUGGAUAAAAGGUAUCGUUUAGAUAAAAGGUAUCGUUUAGAUUAA